AAACAAUGAGUCAUGCUGAUGAAGGAAGUGCCGCUGACCCAGAGCUGGUAACUGAGAAUGAGUCACCUACCGGUGAGGUGGCUGCUGCAGCUCCUAGCGAGGAGGAGCAGGAGGGACCCACUGGCCUGGCAGCAGAGCAGGAGCAGGAGGGACCCACUGGCCUGACAGCACAGGAGGAGCAGGAGGGACCCACCGGCUUAAAGGCAGAGGAGGAGCAGGAGGGACCCACCGGCCUGACAGCAGAGGAGGAGCAGGGACCCACCGGCCUGACAGCACAGGAGGAGCAGGAGGGACCUACUGGCCUGACAGCACAGGAGGAGCAGGCACCCACUGACCUAACAGCAGAGGAAGAGGAGGGACCCACUGGCCUGACAGCACAGGAGGAGCAGGCACCCACUGACCUAACAGCACAGGAGGAGCAGGCACCCACUGACCUAACAACAAGUCCUGCAUUUCAGUGUUUAGAUGAGCUACUUUCUGCUGGAAAAAUCACAGACACCAGGGUAGCUGAGCUGAAGGAACAGUACACCCUGCUGCAUGAGGCUGUGAUAAGUUUACAGGAAUCUGAGAGCCAUCUGUUGCAGGAAGCUGAACGCCUGAGUGCAGAACUGGAGCAACAAAGUGAACUGGAAAAAGCAGAACAGCUCUCUGAAGAAGCUCCCAGUGAAGGUUCCCAAAUAAGGCAACAACUUUUCAGCUGCCGAAGUGAAUACAAUGCUACUAAAGGAAGAGUGAAUGAAAAUCGGUUGAAGAUAGAAUGUUUGAGAGAGGAAAAAAAGCUUCUGGAAGAUGAAUAUGAAAGAAUGUUAAAAGAAAAGAAAAAUGAUAAAGUUCAACAGUUGAAGGAAAGUUGUGAUGAGCUCAGCGAAGAAGUAAUCCAGAGGAAAGCAGAAAUUGAUUCAAUGAAAGAAGCUGUUUCAUCCAAAGAAAAGAUGAUAUUGACAGAUGAGGAAGAAAUGAAAAAGCUUCAGGAGAUGCUUACUUAUUUAAAAGCUGAGCUAGUUAGGAUCCUUGGUGUUCCAAAGCAACUUGCAAAAGAAACUGAGAAGUUGAAACAGAAAAAAAUUGAUGCAGAGAAGCAGAAUGAAGCCCUUAAUGACCAAAUAGAAGAAUUGAAUAGCACCCUGAGAGCCACUGAAAAAAGGACUGAAGAGAUUUUGCAAGAAAAAAAAGAAGUAAUGAAGGAACUGGAUGAGAGACAAACUUUGAUACAAAAGAAUGAACGACAAUGCAAUAAUUUGACAAAAUCACUAGAAAUUAAUGCAGAGAAGGAAUUUGCCAUCCUAUCAGACAGACAAAUCCUGGAAAAUAAUUUGGAUAAAUGUAUCUCGGAGAACAAAAAUCAACAAGAUAUUCUCAGUAACCAUCAAACAAAGAAAGAUAAAGAACUGAAAAGUUUAAAAAAGUUAGAGUUACAACUGAAAAGCAUUUGGGAUUCCUUGGAAGCAGAUAAGGCAACACAUAAAAGACUCAAAUCAGAGGCAGAAAGUAACUCAAAGUACAAUGCAGCGUUAUUAGAAAGACGACAAGAACUGCAGGACGAGAUUGAAACGAUCAAGAGAGAUUUAGCUGAACAGGAAAUGAUAUCAGAAACAGAUGCCCGUGUGUUAGAAGAAUGCAUUGCUGCAGAACGCUCACUGUUCAAAGAGCAGGAAAAAUGCAGAAAUGAGUUAGCCACACUGACACGUCUGACUCUGCUCAAAGCUGAUGAGAAGCAACUGAAAAGCAGGGAUGUUCAGAAAGCCAAGAUUCAACUCCAAAGUCUUGUUAAAGAACUAAAAAGAUUGGAUAGUGAACUAACCAUCUGCAAGAAGAUGAAAAAAGAAAACGAAAAAGAAAUCCAAGGAGUUGUUAAAAUGUGUGAACUUAUGCAAAUUGAAAAGGACAAAUCUAUAGAUUUGAUGCGUAUUGCUCAGUGGAAAGCAAAAGAAGGUGAACACCGGGUAAAAUUGCUAGAAAAUAAUAUAGAAAAUUUAAGGCAUGCUGUUAUGACCAGAGAAAGUGGUCUUUUGCUCAGAGAACGAGAAGAAGAAGUGGGCGUUUUGUAUGAGAAAAUAAACAGGCAAGAGGUGUUGCGUAGGAAUGGAGAAACUAAGAUGCAAGUUAUGGAUGAAAAGAUCAGUUUUCUGAAGCUGAAGUUAGUUGAGAAAAAAAGAGAGGUUAAAUUGUAUUUUAAAGAGCUCUCAGUGAAGAAUGCCCUGGAUGCACAACUGGUGAAAGUUCGGACACAGUAUUCCCAAUGCAGGGACAAGAUUAAAAAGCUGGAGGAAAACUAUGGUGAUGCCACAAACGAGAGCAGAAAGCAAGAAAUGGGAGGGAAGGACCCAUCUCCACCUGAGCUGCUAAAAAGGAUUGACAAGAUAGAGGCAGAGCUGGUGCAGAAGGAGCAGAGGCUGCUGAAGAUCGAUUUCCUCUGUGAGAACAUUUCUGACCUGACGGACAGAAUGCGCACGGUGGCGGAGAGCGGCAGGCAGGACAUGCUGCUGUUCGCCAGGAGGAGCAACGAACUGCAGAGCGACAUAAAUCGCAAAACCCAGCAGAUAAGGGCUCUUUUUGCAGAGUUGUCCAUGAAGCAAGCAUUUGCCCUUAGACUCCAGCAGGAAAUCAGAGACAAGGAACAAUCUGUGAUGACUGCUUCAUGGAUGAUAAGCCAAGGCCUUUCCCCUCCCAAAGCAGAAACGGACGAGUGGAAGAUCCUAGACAGUGAGAAGAUACAAAAAGCAGAAGCUGAAGCCAGAGCUGAAGAGCCUCCAGAGGAGGAAGAAGUUGCACUGCCCAGCUACUACUCCACUGCCCUCGAGGAGGAGGAGCAGGAGGAGCAGCAGGAGGUGGAGGAGGAGGAGCAGGAGCUGGAGCAGGAGGAGCAGCAGGAGGAGGAGGAGGGACACUCAUCAGAUCAAGUGAGCCCCGGCCAAGACAUCUGAAAAAGCCUCCUGCUGAGCCAUCUGAAAUCUGAACAGACAACACCUGAAGUAGGAGAGACCAUUACCAGCUGCUGGAUCACAAGAGUCAGCAGCAUUUACACUGCACUGAACAAAGAUCUGUUGGUGUUCAGCCAAAUUCCAUGCUGAAAAUGAAGUAUUUGUUCAUGCCAAAAGCACAGCUCACUGGUCAGUGA